AGCUGCCUCAAAAAUCAUGAGUCAUAUCCACUCUAACAACGAUCCAUUUGCCUUGAACGGUCARCCUCCAGAGAAGAAAUUCAAAAUGGAAAAUCCUGAUACACAGAACAACACUUUUUUAUUCACCUCGGAGUCCGUUGGUGAAGGACAUCCAGAUAAGAUGUGUGAUCAGAUAUCGGAUGCGAUUUUGGACGCACAUUUAAAGGAGGAUCCCAACGCCAAAGUCGCUUGUGAGACUGUUGCCAAGACUGGUAUGAUAUUGCUCUGUGGGGAGAUCACGUCAAAUGCACAAAUCGACUACCAACAAGUAGUACGUGACUGCAUUAAAGAUAUUGGCUAUGAUGACUCUAGCAAAGGUUUUGAUUAUAAAACAUGCAACGUACUUGUAGCCCUUGAACAACAAAGUGCCGACAUUGCUCAAGGUGUACAUCUAGGACGACAUGAAGAUGACGUAGGUGCUGGUGAUCAAGGUCUUAUGUUUGGUUAUGCUACUGAYGAAACUGAAGAACUUAUGCCUUUAACAGUAGUAUUAGCRCAYGGUAUGAAUAGAAAACUAGCAGAUUGCCGRCGAGAUGGCACCAUGCCCUGGGUGCGGCCAGAUUCAAAGACACAAGUCACAGUGGAGUAUAAAUUUGAGAAUGGUUCAGCUAUUCCUCUUCGUGUUCACACCAUCGUCAUCUCUGUACAGCAUGAUCCGUCUAUCACAGUAGAGAAACUUAGAAAGGAAUUAAUGGAGAAGAUUGUCAAGACUGUUGUACCAGCUAAGUACCUAGAUGAAGAAACCGUCUUUCACUUGCAACCAUCAGGGCUGUUUGUUAUUGGUGGACCACAAGGUGAUGCUGGUUUGACAGGAAGAAAGAUCAUUGUCGAUACUUAUGGUGGCUGGGGAGCUCAUGGUGGAGGUGCCUUCUCUGGUAAAGACUAUACAAAGGUUGAUAGAUCAGCAGCAUAUGCUGCCAGAUGGAUUGCAAAGUCUCUUGUAGCAGCAAAGCUAUGCAGACGUGUUUUAGUUCAAAUUUCCUAUGCUAUUGGUAUUGCUCAGCCCUUGUCUGUAACUGUGUUCUCCUAUGGAACAAGCACAAAGUCUGAAGAUGAACUCUUACAGAUUGUCCGGGAAAACUUCGAUUUACGACCAGGAAGAAUUGUCAAGUAA